AAAAAGAUUUUAUAAAUUAUGUAUUAUUAUAAUGUGAAUUUCUCGUAUUUAUCAAGGAUUUUGUGUCUACUCAGUCGGUGUCUACUCAGUCGCGAUAGUUUUGUGGAAUGCGUUGGCAUUCUUCUUGUGCAUUCAUCCAUUGGCAAUAACUGCAUAAAUUAACAAUUCACUACAACGUAACUUGACACCACUCGGCAUCUACUGUGUGAGCAAUCCUGGUUUAUCAUCGCUUAACCAAACCUCUUGACCUCGUACGCUACCAUAACCUCAGUUAAUCCGCCUUGGUGUUUCGUAAGUUCCCAUUCCGAAACAGUGAAAAUCAGUUGAAGUCUUCGUCGCAGGUAGAAACUGAUAGUUUUUAAAGUAUUCAAAACUAGCAUCAUCGACUUCAUUCAUUGGCGUUUACAGAAGAAAUCACUCAGCAAAAAAACCCAGUGAUAUAUGUGAGAUUUAAUAUUAUUUAAAAUGUGGUUUAUUCGUGGUCGCUUCUUCAUUCAAGUCGUCACGUAUAUGGCAACGUUCUCCGUGUUUUUCUCGUUAUCUACAGCGAAAGUCCAAGGAACUCUAUCAAUACAACUAUACUCAUAUUACAACUCCAAUAGAAAAAACUAUGGAGGUUCUUGCUGUGACUGCUGUUCAUUUUUUGGAUGUCAAAAUGAAUGCGACAAUUUAUUUGAAAUAUGGCUGACGUCCUAUCCAGCUUUUUGGUCGACGUCUGCGAAAAAGUACUGGCAAACGUAUGUUUUGGGAGACGAUUCCUUUUCUUUUCCUGGAUCAAAUCGAACUAUCGGAAGGAACAUCAGGAACCCUUUGACUUACCAAUUUUCUGGAGCGUGGAAUAAAUCGUUCGGUUUGAAAGUUAAAGUGUGGGAUGACGAUAGUGGCAAUUUUCUUGGAAUUGGCAGUAGGGAUGACCUCGUCGAUCAGAUUUUGUUCAAUCCUGUUAAUAUCGAUGCUGGGAAACAGUCCGAUUCUCCUAGAUCAUACACGAUAAGUGGCCGCCGUUCAUCUAUCAGGAUUYUAGUGAAAGUCUAUUGUGAGACACAUUACUAUGGAACUGACUGCAAUACAUAUUGCGUACCACACGACGAUAACACCAACGGACACUACACAUGUGACAGCAAUGGCAACAAGAUUUGUCGUCAAGGAUGGCAGAGUACGAACUGUAAAACAGCAAUUUGUAAACAGGGAUGCAAUAAAUACCAUGGUUAUUGCAACAAACCCAAGGAAUGUCUGUGCAAAACUGGAUGGCAGGGUUCUGAUUGCUCAAGCUGCAAACCAAGUCCAACAUGCAAUACAAACGGUGGGUACUGCGUCAAUCCCGGAGAGUGUCGAUGUAAAGCGGAGUGGACUGGCAACGACUGUGAUAAAGAUUUGAACUAUUGUCGACACACCCCGUGCAAGAAUCUCGGMACCUGUAUUAAUGUUGGGCCUGACAAAUAUAAAUGUAACUGUCUCCCGAAAUACACGGGRAAAGACUGCGAAUCAGAGAAUGAUUUGUGUAAAACAAAUCCAUGYGCAAAUGGUGGAACCUGCACCAAUUUCUACACCCACUAUUCCUGUAAAUGCAAACCAGGAUACACAGGGACAAACUGUGACAAAGAUAUUGAUGAAUGUUUGACUAAUAAGUGUCUCAAUGGUGCGACUUGUAAUAAUCUCGUCAACCAAUACACUUGUACCUGUGCACCGGGUUUCACAGGUCAGUUCUGUGACAAGAAUAUCGAUGAGUGCGCAAGUGGKCCUUGUAAAAAUGGCGGGACGUGCGUUGACGCUGUAAACGGUUACACCUGUCAAUGUGUMGAUGGMUAUAAUGGCACCCAGUGUGAGACKGACAUUGAUGAUUGUCARAACAAACCAUGUUUCAAUGGAGGAAACUGUACAGAUUUGGUAAAUAACUUCAAGUGUUCCUGCCCGGAGGGAUUUCUGGGUAAAACUUGCUCAAAUGCGUCGAAUGAGUGCGACCCAAAUCCAUGCAAAAAUGGAGYUUGCCAAGACCUUUUUAAAAGUUACAAUUGUUCGUGUUACCUUGGAUUCAAAGGAACCGAUUGUGAAAUCAACAUCAACGACUGCAAAGCCAACACCUGUGCAUCCACCGGGACGUGCAUCGACAAAAUCAACAACUUUACAUGUAAAUGUAAUCCUGGAUAUAAAGGAAGACGAUGUGAUAUCAAUAUUGACGACUGCGCAGUCAACAGAUGCCAGAAUAACGGAACAUGCCAGGACGGGAUCAACUCCUACUCCUGCAAGUGCAUUCCGGGAUAUGAUGGGAAUAAUUGUGAAAAUAACAUCGACGAGUGUUUGACAGCAACUUGUUAUAAUAACGCAACAUGUAUUGACGGCGUGAACGACUACACGUGUGACUGCGCUCUUGGUUAUAAAGGUCGGACAUGCAGUGAAAGGAUCAACUACUGUGCCCCUAGACCAUGUCAAAACGGUGGUACAUGUAUUAACCUACUAGGUCGCUAYCAAUGUGUUUGUAUUAAUGGAUACAGUGGAAAACAGUGUCAAAUUGGUCCCUGUGAUGCGAUGCCUUGUACGAACAGUAGUACUAACCAAUGUGAAAACAAAAUCGAUGGAAGCUAUUAUUGUAAAUGUAAGGAAGGAUUUAAUGGAAAGAACUGCUCGAUAAACAUCGAUGAUUGUGAUCCCAGUAAUAAUAUUUGGAAUCAAGAAGGCUCCAACGAUGUCGGUCCUGAUGGCUACUGUGGUCGCCAUGGUGAUUGUAUUGAUGGAGUGAGUUCUUACUCGUGCAAGUGUAAACAGGGGUGGAAUGGGACCAAGUGUGACGUAGAUAUCAAUGAAUGUGCUUCAAAUCCAUGUCAACGAGGUCAGUGUGUUCAGACGAACGAUGCAAACUUUACGUGCUCGUGUCCCUCGGGRUACAAGGGUCGUCUUUGUGAACAAGAGAUCGACGAGUGCGAGAUCGGUACUGCUCUUUGUGCCCCUGGAUCGCAGUGUAUCGAUAGACUCAAUGGUUACGAGUGCAACUGCACCAAUGGGAAGAAAGGAAUUUACUGCAAUUCAACCUCGUCCUGGUGCGAGCCAUGGCCGUGUAAGACUGGUAAUUGUACAGAUACAGGGACGARCUUCAAUUGCAGCUGUUACACUGGUUACGAAGGAAAAUAUUGCGACAAAGACAUUGAYGAAUGUAAAAAUGCUGCUUGUCCUCAGAAGUCAACUUGUGUUAAUGUUCCUGGAAGCUUCCAAUGUCAGUGCCCAGCAGGAUUUAAUGGAUCGAACUGUGACAUAAAUAUCGAUGAUUGUAAACCGAAUCCCUGCCGCAAUGGUGGAAGCUGUGUAGACGGRGUCUUGUCUUACACUUGUAAAUGCAAAGAGGGCUUUGAGGGAGAUUUAUGUGAAAAAGAUAAAGACGAAUGUAAGACGAAUCCCUGCGGUCCAAAGCAGCAGUGCAUAAAUACCGAGGGCUCAUACAAGUGUCUCUGCCCGAAAGGGACUACUGGGAACGACUGYUCUAAAGAUGUGRACGAGUGYGAGUCUAGUCCUUGUAAACAUGGUGGAAGGUGUAUCGAUGGUAAGAACGGUUUCAAUUGCGAGUGCUGUACUGGAUGGUCAGGAGACACGUGCAAUGUUUGGGAGCCGRAAGUCGACCCAUGUAAGUGUGAACGUGGAACAUGCUACUGUGAUAUGAACACAAAAUAUACAUUCUGCCAGUGUGACAAAGGCUUUGAGGGAUCCAAGUGUCAAACAAAUACCACAGCCGAGCAGAUAAAGCGAAAAAGAGCUGAAGCUGCAAGGAGAGAGAAAGAAACCGAAGAUGCAAGGAAAGAGAAAGAAACGAAAAUCAUCGCUAGUACUGUGACGGUUGGUCUGGUGGCCUUCAUCGCAGGCGGUGCUAUUGUUUAUUAUGUCAUGAAAAAACGAAGCAAACCAAUUCCAUCUAAACCGCUGGACGACAAAAUGGCGGACGCAUUAAAGUACGACGGAGGACAGCAAAUGAUGUUUAGCAACCCAGCUUAUAGUAAAUCAGGCGACGAAGAGAAUUUUUCUUUAGGUUUAGACGGAGAACAUCUAACAACGUCUCAAAUAUAAUCCCUAGUCUCCCCUCCCUAUUUGCGAAAAUGUCACAUGGUCAAAWUCAGUUAUAAUGAAAUGGUUUUCACGACCAUUUUUAAACAUGAUUUUAAACUAAAGUCAUUUGAUUUUAAAUAAUUGAGUGGCACGUGACCUUGAUGGCCAAUCGAUUACCAAGUAAUUUAAUGGCAUAUCACGUGCUUAAACCCAGCCAAUGAGAACUGAGUUAUUCUUUCAUAUGGUUGAGGUUUCUGGUAAUAUUUUUCUCAAAAUUUGCUUUAUUCGCUUUUUCCAGAAUGACGAAAAAAUACUUUGUAAAUGAUAAUAACAUUUUUGCCACAUAUACAGUCACGGAUUUGGCAUGGAUUUUAGUUUACAUAAAUUUUAAUUAUUGAUCAGUGAUGUUAUGACGCCCAAAGUGCUUGUGGCGUUAUAAUUYUAUUUAUAAACAUAGGAAGAAAAGGUAUAAAAGAAUUUCUCAUUUAAAAUAAUGAAUAACACGACGCUUUGAGGCGACAAAGGUGGCGAUACCCAUAUUGAAUGUUACCGCAAUGUAAUUUAAAAUGUAUACAAAAACUUAAGAUAAAAAAGGCAUAUUAACCCGAGAUGGUUCAAUUAAAACUAAGAUGUUCAAUCUGGACGAUAGCAGUAGGUAGAUAUUGGAGUAAUUGAUAUGAUUUUUUGCCAAUAAAAAGUUAAGACGGAUUUUA